AUGAUGCAGAGGGAAAGCAACGAGGAUGAGGAUGAUGGUGACCGAAAGAUGGGAAAAGGAGCUAAGCUAGAAUGCGAGAUUCGCCGCCAACCAGCGACCGACGCCAGACCGUGCCCACAACAUGAAGAGGCGGUCCUGGCUCUGCCGGACCGAGUUGAUCCCGCUCUUGUUGUCUUUCGACGUUCAAAGGUUGCCAGCAUCAAUGUGCACUGUCGGUUAGGAUGCAAGGCACUACAGAUGAAGUCUAGAGCUCGGUCUCUUGCGACGAGGCACAGAAUGUGGGAGCGGCAGGCACAGGGGUCCUUGCAAAUCAUUCGGCAUGGGUCAAAGUGGGGGAAAGCAGGUCAAAGCUGUCGAUCCAUCAGUUGGCAAGGGUCCGGAUCGAAGCGUCCCGAGCAAGAGGUCACCGAAGUGCGAAGGCCUCCUGCGAUGAACUUCUGUGCGCCUUCGCCCCGCGGGAACGUGUCAGCUGUCAGCCAGAGGAUUUUGUCGAUGCCACUCCCUGUCAAUGGUCACAUUACUUUCGCAGCAUGCAUGAACUCGGACCUUGCACGCGUUGGACCCCUGUUCACCAACCUGUCUCGACCGGGGAUCUGUCACUCGCACAACGCAUAUGAUAUGGCUUGA